UGCGUUGGUAAUUUAAUUCCAAUAGUUUCCACUUUUUACCAGUAGAUGACUAGAUGUAGUCAGUUUCACCGGUAUGUAGGUUGUGUUCAGAUAUUUACGUAUAAGUUUGGUAACAAAAGUAAAAUUAUUGUUUAUAAAUUUUUCCUCAAUUUGAUCCAUACCAGAAAAGUUGAAAACUUCAUUUAAAGAACACAAUUUAGUAUUGUAUUGCAAGAGAUUGUUUUAUAGGUUAAACAUUGAUAGUGAUUCUGUGUACAUAUAUAAAAGAAUGUGUGGGGUUAUUGUGUUUUGAUAUAUCAUACCCUGUGAAAUAUUUAUUACAAUUUUAUAAACCAUAGUAAUGGAACAAUUACAAAUUGCAUUAACUGCAAUUAAAGUUCUGCGUUCAAGUGUUGGUCAGGUUUUUGAUUCUUUAGGAAAUGGAUUAAGAGCUGAUCAUGGAGAGGAGAAUAAAGAGAAUAAGUACCUCCUUGAACUACAAGAGCUUUUAACAACUGUCAAUGUCAAUUUAAGAGAUGUGGAACAAGCCGUAAGCAGUUUAAAUCCGCCACCAGGGCCAUUUAAUUUAGCUAGUACAACAUAUCUUAGUCAGGAGACUACGCAAGAAAGACAAGCUUUAUAUGGUACAUUAGUUAAUAGUUACAAAUGGACUGACAAAGUACACGAAUACAGUAAUGUUGCUCAAUCUUUACUUAGUCAAAACUCCUUGAAACGGUCUUAUAAUACUCCCAGCAGAGCUAAAAGAGGGAGAAUACAAACAAGCAAUCAUAAUGUUCCUCAACAGCAAGUUGACUCCUUGAUAGCUACUUUUGAUAGACUAUUUAACGAUAUGACAGUUUCUGUAUCUCGACCAUUUGCAUCAAAUGCAAUAUUACAUGUUACAUUGGGACAUGUUCUAAAAGGAGUAAUAGCAUUUAAGGGUUUGAUGAUUGAAUGGGUGGUGGUCAAAGGUUAUGGUGAAACUAUGGACCUAUGGACAGAAUCAAGACACAAAGUUUUUAGAAAAGUAACAGAAAAUGCACAUGCUGCAAUGUUACAUUUCUAUUCACCAGCAUUGCCUGAAUUAGCAGUUCGAUCAUUUAUGACCUGGUUUCAUAGUUUGAAUAAUUUAUUUAGUGAUCCUUGCAAACGUUGUGGUCUACACUUACAUAGUGCUUUACCUCCAACGUGGAGAGAUUUUCGUACACUAGAACCUUACCAUCAAGAAUGUAAACCAUAAUUUCCUAGAUAGUGAAAAUAAAAUUGUAUAUAAUAAAUUUUUCUAUAUAAAA